UGACCCCAUCUCAGUCAUAUGACUCGCUCGCUAGCUGUUGAAUUUUAGGGUCGCGGUGCCGCUGAGCUAAAGUGUGUUCCUGCCUGUGUUUGUGUUGAUGUUUGUGUUUUCUGUCGGCUGAUCGUCACACUGAUGUCAGGACAUUCACGCUGACUCUGUGCCGGACUGAAGAACCAGGUUUCAGGUCGUGGAUCUAACAUGGAGGCAGGAAGCCGAUCCGCCGCUGUGUCGUUCCUCCUCUGCGCUCUGUUGUCUGUCUGUGUUUGUACCAUCGACCCUAACCAGAUUGACCCUAUUGUGUAUGAGGAGCAGCUGCUGUGGGUGAGCGGAGUCCAGGGCGAGGUGAACACCUACAGGAUCCCGCUGAUCACCUUCACCCCUAAAGGAAGCCUGUUGGCUUUUGCAGAGGGCAGGAAGGCUGAGGCCGGCGAUGGAGGAGCAAAGUUCAUCGCAAUGCGGCGGUCCACAGAUAAAGGUGCCACCUGGUCCCCGACCAGCUUUAUUGUGGAUGAUGGAUGGAUACCGGACGGCUUGAACCUGGGCUCGGUGGUGGUAGACGAGGAAGUGGGCUCAGUGAUACUAAUCUACUCCAUCUGCUUCCACCUCUCCCUCUGCCAGCCGUCCAGCACCAUGAUGGUGGAGAGCAAAGACGAUGGCUUGAGCUGGAACAUGCCCAGAAACAUCACAGCCCAGCUCGGAAACCAAUCCUUCGCUCCCGGGCCGGGCUACGGUAUCCAGAAGCGGCACAACCCGGCUAAGGGGCGGUUGGUGGUGUGUGGUCAUGGUACCUUGGAGAGAAAUGGAGUUUUCUGCAUCUUGAGCAAUGACCAUGGAAGUACCUGGUACAACGGUGCCGCGCUGAAAAGCAUCCCUUUCAACCAGAAGAAGAAGGCACAGGAUUUCGACCCUGACGAGAACCAGCUGGUCGAGAUGCCGGAUGGCAGCAUCAUUGUCAAUGUGCGGAACCAGAACAACUACCACUGUCGGUGUCGCGUGGUGGUACGCAGCCUUGACGGUGGAGAGUCCCUGCCCAUAGAUGAACUGUACUUUGACUACACACUGGUGGAUCCUGCAGUAGCAGCUGGAGCGCUGCAGAAAGACGGAGUGCUCUACUUCACCAACCCGGCCAAUGAACUACACCGAAUUAACCUGACCUUACGUUGGUCAGUGACCCAUGGGAACUCAUGGGAGAAUAAAACUGUCCAGAUAUGGUCGGGGCCAAGUGGCUACUCCAGCAUGACAUCACUGAACAGUGAUUCUAUAGAGGACCAGAAGUACAUCUUUGUCAUCUAUGAGAAGGGCCACAAAGACUAUGACGAGACCAUCUCGUUCGUCAAGAUCCACCUGUACAGCGGCCGGUAGAACACGUGAUUGGGUGGCAAGCAGAACAAUUAUGAGAUUCAAAUGUUGGAGGGGAAAAAGGGAAAUGUUGAGCUCUCCCAGGACUUUCUUAGGAUAAAAAAAAAGAGACUUGAAACAUGGGAAAAAGGCUCACUACCAUGGACGUGCAUCGGUUUGUGUACAGUCUGUGAUGAACUGGAAAAAAAAUCAUUCUCUCCUCUAAAAUUCCACUGUUGAUUAAGUCACUAUGUGUAAUUUUCUGUGUCUGGACAUGUCCGCUAACAUUUCUCCUGCUCUCAUAUCAAAGAAAAAGUUUCUAAAGUUUCUAAAGAACCAUAAUGAUGAUACCAUACUAAAGUAUCAUAGAUAUCUAAUUCAACGCACAACCUCGUCAGAUUCACUGUAUACUUGACUCUGGUGCAGAUAUUUGCAGAUAUAUAUGCUGUAUGCUGUAUGCUGAGGAAUCUGUUGCCAUCAUUAAGAUGUGAGUGUGGCAUGAAUACAUGCUGCCUAAAAAAUGAGUCUGCUUUGUAAAACCAGAAAUUGUGUAAAAUGAAAUGUUAAUGGCCUUUUUGUUAUGAGACUGUGUGCUAUUUCCAACUGAGUGGUUUCAGGACAAGCAAUAAAAACAUGAGGCGUGAGUGAGUGUGUGAUUGAGAGAGGAAGAGGUUAGUACAUAAUGUAGUCCAAGUAUCCUCUUUUGUACUCGUACAGAAUGAUGCACUCUCAUAUUUUAUAAUCAGUCUGAACUCCGCUCUACAUUUGUUUAAUUUUGAAAUCAAGUGUCCAUUUAUGCCCUGUAUCACCAGCACCGCACAAAGGGGUCACAUAGUUUUGCAGCAGGAUGUUAUCUGGUCUGUACUAUCUGUACAAUAAAUACAGAAUUUCUAA